AUGUCCGGACGAGGAAAAGGCGGCAAGGGUCUCGGCAAGGGUGGUGCCAAGCGUCACCGCAAGAUCUUGCGAGACAACAUCCAGGGUAUCACUAAGCCCGCUAUCCGCCGUCUCGCGCGUCGUGGUGGUGUCAAGCGUAUCUCUGGUCUCAUCUACGACGAGACCCGCGGUGUCCUCAAGCUCUUCCUCGAGUCGGUUAUCCGCGACUCGGUCACCUACACUGAGCACGCCAAGCGCAAGACCGUCACCUCGCUCGACGUCGUCUACGCUCUCAAGCGCCAGGGCCGCACCCUUUACGGUAAAAAAGAAUGUCAAAGCCACUGCGGCGGCUGGAACGAUGGCUCCUUGCGUGACGACCGAUCGCGUGCUUCUGAGACGCUGUCGGUCGAUCGUGAGUUAGCUCUUCGAGCCCAAGUGCUGUGUUCGAACAUCAUUCGAGAGAUCCGAGACGAUGUGCACAAGGAAACAAGAUGGCAGGGAUCCCCGAUGAGGCUAUCACCAGGGAGUCGGUAUCUCCGACGAUGGAUUGGGGAGAACGUGCGCAACGUCCAACACCCGAUGCGAUGGAGAGGUCUCAUCUGA